GGCUUGUAGGUCUUCUUCUGAAUGCGCACAGACGACGUUGUCAUCAGCAUACUGGAGUUCUAUAACAGAUGUUGUAAGUAAGGAAACAAACAAACAAAUGAAAAAAUAGAUGCAGUUGCUUCCUGAGACUGGAGAGCCUUCUCCCAGAAGGAGAUCAUGCGUGUUCAUCUCUCUGGACAUGCGUCCUGGGCUAGUCCAGCGAAGGCAGUUGUUUGGCGGCCGCCCUUCCCCACGCGGCGCACUGGCGGUGAUGCGCACCUUCUGAUGGCUUGGAAUGUGAUUGAUCUCUUCUGUGGCCGGGCGAGUGGAGGGCCAGCCCGUUCCCAGCUCCUUGUGUGUGUGUAAUCCCCUGGUUUCAAUCGUUCACGUAGUAGCACAGACUCUCCACCUGCUCAUUUUUUAGAAAGAGGGUCAUUAUCCCCGGGGCUAUUCAAUGUCAAUGGAGCAUGCAAGAAGAGCCGCUUCUCCUAUUGUGUCCGCCGACUCCCUCUGAUUGGCUCCCGAGUGUGGGAAACUCGAACGAAGCUGAGACCCACAGUGUCUCGGGGAGCCGGGGGUGUAUAAAUAGGGGCCCGACCCAGCUCGGCUCCAUCACACACACUCUCGCGCUCACAUCGCAAGCAGCAUCUCGCCUUGGAAAGCAUGGCUCCCUCCAGCAUCGUUUACAUGGACCAAAAUGGCCUGCUCACCCCGAAAGAGAAAAACAAACUGAGGAAGCCGGUGGUGGAGAAAAUGCGCCGCGACCGGAUCAACAGCAGCAUUGAGCAGCUGAAGCUCCUGCUCGAGAAGGAGUUCCAGCAGCACCAGCCCAACUCCAAGCUGGAGAAAGCCGACAUCCUCGAAAUGACGGUGGACUACCUCAAGCAGCAAAGCCAGGUCCAGGCAAAAGUGGCAGGACCUGCUCAGAAAGACGCUCAGGUGGACUUCAAGCAAGGCUACUCCAAGUGCCUGCACGAAGCCUUCCAGUUCAUGUCCCUCCACAAAGUCCACACCGAGACCCAGGCCAAGCUGGUGAGCCACUUCCAACGGAGCCAGAUGCUGGCGCCGGACGCCAUGAGCUCUCCUGCCGCGUUGAAGCACUCCUCCUCGUCCAAGAGCCUCCACAACCUCUGGAGACCCUGGUAGAGCGUGGACAGAAGAAAGGACUUUGAUUCUAGAGGAAGGGCUCGUCAUAACGCCCUGGUCCUCUUCUUCGUAGGGAACAUUUUCCCUUGUUUAUUAUUUAUGGGGGUGCUGUUUUGGGCGGGGAUUCAGCUAGGUCUUGGUCUGAGGUGGGGCGGGACGCAUAUCUUCAUAAUGAAGAUGGUGUCCAUUUCAUGAAGUCCUCCAGAUAUUGUAGGACCACAACUUCCAUCAUGCCUCUGCACUGACCAAACCGGCAAAUUGAAAGAGUCCAAAACAACCAAGCCACUCUGGAGAAGCAUAGUUUCCGUGUUCUCAAUCGCUUAUCAAGGUCUUCUUCCAUCUUCUGUAUCUCCAACAUCUCUAAGCUUCUCCAGAUUGCACAUUCAUCAUGCUUUGGCGUGGUUUGGGCCUUUCAACACAACGCUGUCACCUUUUGCCGAUCCCUGCCCACCCCCCAAGUAUUGUUUCUUAGGAAAACACAACUUUAUUGCUUUAUAUUAAAGAGAAAAGGAAGGGAAAGGAAGGGAUGCGAAUGGUUUGAUGUUGUGCAUCUUGGGGAGUAAGAAAGACGAGCUCUUCCUGGCGUUGUUUCUCUGAUGACGACUUCCUCACAAUAGAGAAUAAAUCCACUUACGAUCCGGUUUCUGCCUCCUGCAGAAUGCUGGGGUUUGUAGUUUAGUGAGGCUGUUCAAGGCUCCUCCCUGAACUACAAACCCCAGAAUUCUUUGGGAGGCA